CGCCAAAUCACAAAAUGAAAUCCAAAUAACAAAUCUAAAUAGUUUCCAAAUUCAAAACGUGUCAAAUAAAAAGAAAUCGAGGAGGUAUAUAUUCGCCUAAUUACAAAACCACCCUUAAAUCUCCAAAUUAGUUUACCUUCUUCCCCUCCUCCACAGUUCACCCUGCGCCAAGUGAAGCCACCCUCUGUUUUCUAUCCACCGCCCCACCAACCGCCGCCGAUAAAAAUUGCCGCCUUCAAAUUCACCCCUUUCCUUUGUUCUGUCACAUUUGCAGCAAGGGUUUAUGAAUUUAAGGGGAAUGAUUUCAAAUUUAAAUCCUGAAUAAACCCUAAUAAGUUUUCAAUAAUUUGGAUUUUUGCGAGUAAUGCCCAUCAUUGGUUUCGCCUUAAAGCUGCUCAAUUCCAGAUUAUUUUUUAUUCCAAGUAAGUUGGUGUAUUACUCUUUGCGUUCUUCUUGUUUCAUUUCUGAUAUUCCAGCUCAAAAUGUAUCAGAAUUUGAGGAUGAAAUUGAUAGUGAUAUUGAACCUGUUAUUAUCAAAGAAAUAUUUGAUUCGGCCCCGAGAAUGGGUUCUUACCAAUUGGGUGAUUCCACCUUUUAUCUUCUUAUUGAAAAUUAUGCAAAUUCAGGUAACUUUAGAUCAUUGGAGAAUAUAUUUGAUAGAAUGAAACGCGAACGCCGGGUUUUUAGGGAAAGGGAUUUCAUUAUAGUGUUUAAGGCUUAUGGGAAAUCAAAUUUGCCUGAAAAAGCCAUGGAAUUGUUUGAAAGAAUGGUAAAUGAAUUCGAUUGUAAGCCGACGGUCCGAUCAUUUAACUCUGUUCUAACUGUUGUUAUUGGAGUAGGUUUGUAUGAAAAGGCCUUGAACUUUCAUGAUAGUGUUGUUGGAAGUAUGAAUGUUGUCCCAAAUGUGUUAACUUAUAAUUUGGUUAUCAAAGCUUUGUGCAAGAUGGGAAAGGUUGAUAAGGCUGUAGAAUUGUUUAGAGAAAUUCCUACUCAACAAUGUGUUCCCGAUGCUUUUACUUAUAACACAUUGAUGGAUGGGUUGUGCAAGAUGGAUAGAAUUGACGAAGCAGUUUCGUUGUUGGAUGAGAUGCAGGUAGAGGGGUGUUAUCCCAUUCCAAUGACAUAUAAUGUACUGAUCAAUGGACUUUGCAAGAAGGGUAAUAUGCUUCGAGCUGCUAAACUUGUUGAGAACAUGCUCUUAAAAGGUUGUAAUCCUAAUGUGGUGACUUACAACACCCUUAUUCAUGGGCUUUGUUCGGUAGGAAAAUUGGAUAAAGCAAUGAGUCUCUUAAAUCACAUGGUAUCAAACAAGUGUCUGCCUAGUGAUAUCACUUAUGGAACUCUUGUUAAUGGUCUUGUUAAGCAAGGAAGAGCUGUUGAUGGAACUGAAUUAUUGCUUUCUAUGGAAGAGAGGGGAUUCAGAGCUAAUGUGUAUGUUUAUUCCUCUCUUCUCAGUGGGUUGUUUAAGGAAGGAAAGCCAGAAGAAGCAAUGAGACUUUGGAAGGAUGUGAUAGGGAAAGGAAUUAGUCCAAAUAUUGUCCUUUAUAGUGUCUUGAUUGAUGGUUUGUGCCGUGUUGGAAGACCUAAUGAUGCUAAAGAAGUUUUAUCUGAGAUGAUCCAUAAGGGCCUUAAACCUAAUCCUUUUACGUAUAGCUCCUUGAUCAAAGGGUUUUUUAAGACAGGUAACAGCCGAGAGGCACUUCUUGUCUGGAAAGAAAUGGAAGAUAAUGAUUGUUUUCAUAAUGUGGUUUGUUAUAGUGUGCUUAUCAAUGGUUUGUGUGAGGAAGGGAAACUUACAGAGGCUAUGGCAUUUUGGAGACAUAUGUUGGGUAGAGGGUUGAAGCCCGACACUGUUGCUUAUAGCUCAUUGAUUCAUGGCUUCUGCAAGGCUGGCUUGGUUGAUCAGGGGUUGAAGGUUUUUAAUGAGAUGCUUUUUCAAGGCAUAGAUUGUCGGCCAGAUGUAGUAACUUACAAUAUACUGUUUAAUGGUUUAUGCAACAGCAAUCAAAUAUAUCUGGCCAUUGAUCUUCUGAAUGGUAUGUUGGAUCAAGGUUGUGAUCCCGAUCUAUACACCUGUGACAUUUUUUUGAGGGCUUUGAGAGACAAGAUGAACCCACCACAAGAUGGGAAAGAGUUCCUUGAUGUGCUUGUCUUACGAUUAUGCCAACGACAGAGAGGUUUAGCUGCUUCCAAUAUACUGCAAUUGAUGUUGCAGAAAUAUUUGUCACCUGAAGCUUCUACCUGGAAAGGAGUUCUUUUGCUCUGUUGCAAAUAUAAGAAGACUAUAGCAACUUUGGACAAGUGUAGGAUUAACUUAUUCCACUGACUGCAAUGGUUCUCGUAGCUGAUCGAUUAAUUAAAAUGUCCAUCAGCUGAAUUUUGGACAGAUUAUUUGAAUCAGUUCAGAGGAAAUACGGACAUUUUCAUGUACAUGUUGCUUCAGGUUCAUCUGGAAACACAGAUUAUUAGUGGCUGCUCAUUAGACGGUUACCGCAUCACUGAUGUAAUCAUAUGACUGAGAUAUUUAGGCCUCAAUGAUCAUUGAUCUAGAGUUUCAUUGGAAGGCUAGAGGUGCUCUCAUUUUUCAGGCUGAUUUUCAACCUUUGGUGAGUGUCUGUGUACUUUUAUUAUACACAACUAUGCAAUCAUUCUAGGCAUUCUGCAGAAAUAACAAUGACAAGAAAUUUCCAGCUGAAUGGUUGGUGUCAGAUCUUGAGUAUUAUUCUGUCAAUAGAGCCUUAGGUUACUAUAGAAAACAUACUGUUCAUUGUAUUUUAAAUGAUGAAAUUGGCAACCCUGAACUUCAAUCUGCGCUAUAUUUCAUUUCUGGUGAUAACUUGCAAGUUGCAAUUAUUGCUGUUAUUCUAGAUAGAUUUCAAGAUGCAGAUUUUCCCGACCUUAGAAUCUGCAAAUUAUUGCAUAUGGAGGACUGAGGAGUGAGGACAUGUUGUGAAGGUCUGAAAACUUAACAUGAUAGAGAAUCUUGUUGCAGAAAGACUUGUUCUUUAUUGCAUUUAUAUAUAUGAUACUUGAUGUUAAUUUUUUCCAUGUUACUUAAUACAGAAAUCUAGCCUUCCAUCUAGUUGGAACAACCUGUGUUACUGUUGAUGCGUGUUUAUCCCUGCUUCACAGGUAAGGUUGUGCCAAAUAUUUCUGAUUUCUAAAGGCUGAUGAAUGGUUUAACUUCUAUGGAUUCCAUGUUAUGGUGGCAGAUAAUUCGGAACUGAACUGUUAGUUCUUCAGUGGCCUGUACGAAGUCAACGCAGAGCUGCUCAAAAUAAUUCCAUGGAAACAUAAUGUAAGUUGUGUAGAAUAGUUUCUGUUCAACAUGGUCUGGCUGCAUAUGAUCAACAUUACAGGACAUGUUGAGAAAGUUUACCCUUCUGAUGCUAUUGUAUACAAGUAUAUACUUGCAUGGAAGCUGAAUUUCACGGAUACAGCCAGGCAUCGCAUUCAUCUGCAAAUGAAAAUGGUUAGUGUAAAGCUGUAAACAUUGAAGCCAUAGUGAAUUGGCGUAACUUGUGUUGAAGUUGCAACGGAGACGCAAUAUCUGGAUCGGAACAAAAAGGGUUUUUUAUAGUAUUUAUUCUCAUGAGUUUCACUUGUGAUGCAUUUGUAAAAUCAUUUUAUACUCUUCGUAAAGGUUUUAUUUCAUUUUUUGGAAGAUCUUACAUUUCAGAUUAGAAGAAAAUUGAACAUGAAUAACCCUCAAUUUGGGAGACUAUCUUGUAUCUUCUCAAAGGCUUGUCAACGGCAACAUUUAUAGCAAGUCUAGGGUUUUUGUUUUUUUUCCAGUUAAUGUUAUUCCUGCUUAAGUUUUUGCUGCUU